CCGAGAGGUCCUUGGUGUAGGACACAAACGUCGGCGUACAGUGCUGUCGGUAGAACCGCCGUCUCAGUAUGCCUCUGCCCGCGUCCAGCUUGUCUGCCACCGCAGCACCGUAGAUCUCCAUGCUGGCUGUGAAUACGACUAAUUCGUACCAUUGGGAUACCUUUAUGCAGAAAAGAAUCGGACAGGUUUACUAUUUUUUAUGGAGGGUUGUUUCAAAUUCGACUCACACAAAGUUGCUUGAUGGGGGCAAAGAUGCGCAUUUACGUAACUAAGAAAGUGGCGCUUAGAAAAGUUUCGAAAUUCGUAUUUAUACAUAUAAUUGUCCAGCAGACCAAGACAGGAAGCAGUAUCGAGUCAUAGGAUGGCGAGCACCAAGAGAUAAACUAUGAAAUAAACCACAAAAUAAACAACAGCCGUUGGCGUAAUUACCUGACAAGCUUUGAGACAAUGUCGCAACACAGAAAACUGUCACCAAAAUGAAUGUACCAGGGAAAUUCAAACUAUACAUGCCAGCUUAGGAUCUAUUUUGCGUUAAGUUUUUCAGACCGUGUUGAAGGCUUGUAUAUAAAUCGUUUCAAAAUGAUGAGAAACUUGUGGACAAAGAGACUGCAUUGCUCAGCCUCCAGAAGAUAUUUUCAUUUGGAGAAACAGUACGAUGUGAUUGUUGUUGGAGGAGGACAUGCAGGAAGCGAAGCCUGUGCUGCAGCAGCGAGAAUGGGGUGUCAAACGUUGCUUGUUACCCAUAAGAAAGAUACUGUUGGUGAAAUGUCUUGCAACCCUUCAUUUGGUGGUAUCGGUAAAGGGCAUUUGAUGCGAGAAACUGAUGCUCUCGAUGGGGUAUGCGGAAGAAUAUGCGACCUUUCUGGAAUACAAUAUAAGAUUUUAAACAGAAGAAAAGGACCUGCUGUAUGGGGAUAUAGGGCACAAAUUGACAGAGAUCUGUACAAACAACAUAUGCAAAAAGAAUUAUUUGAUGAUACUCCCAAUUUAGAUGUCCUUGAAGCACCUGUAGAAGAUCUGAUUGUAAAUAAUCCUACUAUAAAUGUAAAUAAUCAGCAGUGUUUUGAAUGUGGAGGUGUUAUAUUAAAUGAUGGUACAAAAAUCAAGGCUAAAAGUGUGGUGAUAACAACAGGUACCUUCUUGAAUGGUCAGAUCAAUAUUGGCCUUACAGUGUUUCCGGCUGGUAGAAUUGGAGACCAGCCUGCUAUAGGCUUAGCUAAAACAUUGGGUUCAUUAUAUUUGAAAAUGGGCAGACUGAAAACGGGUACCCCUCCUAGACUCAAUGCUUCGACUAUCGAUUUUUCCGGCUGCGGAAUUCAGAAAGGAGAUACAAAUCCUUUGGCGUUUUCGUUUAUGAAUGAUAAAGUUUGGAUAAAUCCUAAAGAUCAGUUAGUUUGUCAUUUAACAAAGACAACACUUGAAAUUGAGAAAAUAGUGAAGGAUAAUAUGCACCAGAACAGGCAUGUAAUGGAGGAGAUAAAAGGCCCUAGAUACUGUCCCAGUAUAGAGUCAAAGAUUCUGAGAUUUCCAGGAAGAGAACAUCAAGUGUGGCUGGAGCCAGAAGGGUUGAACAGCCCUCUGAUCUAUCCGAACGGUCUCUCAUGUACCCUCCCCGAAGAGCAACAAUGGCAGCUGAUCCGCAGCAUUCCAGGAUUGGAAAAAGCGGAGAUCACGAGACCGGGGUACGGCGUAGAGUACGAUUAUGUCGAUCCGAGAGAGUUGUUCGCUACACUGGAGGUGAAGAGAGUUCCUGGAUUGUUUUUAGCAGGUCAGAUCAACGGAACGACGGGAUACGAAGAGGCCGCAGCUCAGGGGAUUUUGGCUGGAAUCAACGCGGCUGCAAAUGCUCUUAAUACACCACCACUAAUUAUAAGUCGAACUGAAGGUUAUAUUGGGGUGAUGGUAGACGAUCUAACAACUUUGGGAACAACAGAACCAUACAGAAUGUUCACAAGUCGAGCUGAAUUCAGAUUAUCUCUUAGACCUGAUAAUGCAGAUCAGCGACUAACUGCUAAAGGGUACGCAGUGGGCUGCGUCUCGAAAGAAAGGUACCGUAAAACACUAGAAAUGGAUACGAAAAUCAGAGAAGGCAUAGCUUUAUUAAAAAAUACUAGCAAGUCAGUGAAUCAGUGGAGAAGCCUAAUCGGAGCUGCGCCAUCCAAAAGUUAUCUACAAAGAAGCGCGUUUGACAUGAUAGACAUCCGGAACGACGACAUAACGAUCAGCCGUUUGGCCCAGGCGGCUCCGGAGCUCCUACCUCUGACUUACGAUCAUACUCUGGAAAACCGGUUGCACAUAGAAGCCCUUUACGAAGAAGCCGCGCUGGAGCAGAUCGAGGAGAUGCGAGAAGUGAGACGGGACGAAGCCUUGGAAAUACCCGGCCAUCUGGAUUACAAUUGCGAAUCGCUCAAUCUCAGCUUUGAAGAAAGGGAAAAACUCGUCGCCGUACAGCCUCAGACGAUUGCUGCUGCAAGCAGAAUCCCUGGAGUUACUCCAUCGGCGGUGUUUAGACUUUUAAGAUUUGUCAAGCAAAAGAAUUUGGAGGCCCGCGCUAGGAUAUAAGUUUGUAUAAGACUAAUCUGUAUAGUACAGGGUUUUGGACAUAACCGACUUAGUUUAUAUAUAAGUACAAACGUGAAUUUGUUUAGUCAUAUUUAUUGUUUAUAUGUUUGUUUAUGCCUUGCAUAUAUGUUGUAAAGUUUUAUGAUUUUUUUUCUUUGUCUUAGUAUAUGCUAUUAAUUUUUUCGCUGACAUAUACAAUCAUAGGUAUGCAUUUGUGAUAUUGCAAUUGUGGUGUGACUUCAUUGCGUCCGUAUUUUUUAUCUUUAUAAAUAAAUUUACUAUGAACAAACA